CACCAAAAAAAAAAAAAAAAAUCACCUACCCUUUUCCCUCCCGCCAUAAACCCCGGUCGAGUUCGCCAUCGCCCCUUCCUUCCACUCUCCGAAGGAGAGAGAAAGAGAUCGUCGGCGAGCGGCGGCGGCGGCGGCGGAGACGGAGAAGAUGAAGACAAUACUGGCAACGGAGAUGAUGGACAUCCCGGAGGGGGUGAAAGUCCGGGUGAAGGCGAAGGUGAUCGAGGUCGAGGGACCCCGCGGUAAGCUCACCCGCGACUUCAAGCACCUCAACCUCGACUUCCAGCUCACAGACGGCGGCCGGAAGCUCAAGGUCGACGCCUGGUUCGGGUCUCGGAAGACGACGGCGGCCAUCCGCACCUCGAUCAGCCACGUCCAAAACCUCAUUACCGGCGUCACCAAGGGCUUCCGGUACAAGAUGCGCUUCGUCUACGCCCACUUCCCCAUCAACGCCUCCAUCACCAACUCCAACAGUAGCAUUGAGAUCCGCAACUUCCUCGGCGAGAAGAAGGUUCGGAAAGUGGAUAUGCUUGAAGGGGUGACAAUUGUUCGGUCCGACAAGGUCAAGGAUGAGCUCAUUAUUGAGGGUAGUGAUAUUGAACUUGUUUCCCGGUCUGCUGCCUUGAUCAACCAGAAAUGCCACGUAAAAAACAAGGAUAUCAGAAAGUUUUUGGAUGGAAUCUAUGUUAGUGAGAAAGGUACCAUGGUUGAAGAAUAGUAGGUGAGUGCUUUAGUCAAUCGUUUAGGUGUCCUUGUUUUGUCUGAGAGGGGUAUCCUAAAAUAUUUUUGUUACCUGCUCAACGUAAUGGUAGAUUUUAGGCAUGGAAGCAAGAUUUGGAGAUUUCCCAUUAUAUUCUGAAUGAUUUAAAUCUUUCCUUCAUUUAUGCUGCUGAGUUGGAAAUUUGUUAGUCUUCAUGUUCUGUUCGGGCCGUUUGAAUUAAUAUUUUUUGAUCAAGAUCCUUACCUCCUGGCUAUUGGACUGCUGAAUCAGGAGUUCUUUGUAGGAUGACUUAGUUGAGGUGAUCUGUCUGGGUCCUUGUUUUGGGUGCAUUUUUUUGUGGAUCAUGGGUUCCACCUUUCAGCCACAGGACCAAGGCUGGUGGGAAAUGCUAUUUUUGGUUGCAAACGAACAAGCGAACUCGCUUGGGAGCUCAAACACCAAAGCGUUACAUGAUCCAUGUUCAGACUUUGGAUCCACUGGUUCAUUUUCUGGUUGGGGUGUUACGGUUGGAGUAUAUAAUGAAUUGGUUGAUGUAUCAAACAUACCUUUCCAAGUCAAUUUAAUCACACAAUGUCGAAAGAUACCAGGAAUGGUAUAGGGAGCCGAACGUCCAUGAUCAGGCAUAUGAUGAGUUUGUAAUUGUGAAUCAUGCCUCAUUCAUUUCAAUCUUUUAUGUGAUGCAACCUUUUUUAUUUUUUGUAGAAGAUACAAACAUUUUCAGC